AUGGAGCGUACUUUGGAGUUCUAUAUUUUCAGCAGAUCGAUUUUUGAAUUAAACGUAAAAGUGUCAAUUUUUAUCACUACUUCACGUCUUGUCUUUUGGAUGACUUAUAAAAGUGAAUGUGAGAACGAAGUGGAAAAAUUAGAUGAUAUUAUAAAUGGACUUAAUAACAUUAAUAAACAAAAUGACUCUACAACUGAUAAUAAAUCUGAUUUAAUCGAAAAGUUACAAAAAUUAAUUAUUGUUCCAGAAUUCGAGAAACAUAGAAAUAGUGUAUUGGAAGUUAUACGCAGAUUGAAUAAUAUCGAUGAUUUAGAUCCGUUGAUCCCACAAUUUCACUGGAACGACAAAGAUUCUACAGGGAAAACGCUUUUAAUGUGUAUUGCCAAAUCAUGGACAUUUGAAAAAUCAAUUAAAAUAUUUGAAAAAAUUAAACAAAAUCCAGAAUUAGAUUUAGAUGAAUUACUUAAAGAAAAAGAUCGUUACGGAAGAACUGCUAUUUAUUUUGCCAUUGAAGAUUAUCAUGCAUAUAAAACUUUUUUGCAUAUCAAAAGUAAAUAUGAAGAUUGGGGAGAAGAUAUCUAUGAUUUGAGAGAUAAUUGUGGAAGAACGCUUUUCUUUUAUUGUCUCAAAUUUGAAAAUUAUGAGGGUUUCCUUGAUCUGAUGGAAAAUGACAAAAAAAAUACAAUGAUGCAUAAGGAUGAUUUUGGAAAUGUUGCAUUCUGCGAGGCCGUCAAAAGUGGACGAAAUCGAACACUUGGAUUAUUUUUAUGGUUAUAUUACGGUGAAAAAAGUACAGAUGAAAUUGCCCAAUAUAUGUAUGAUUUACUGAAACCAAACUUCAAAUCGAUUUUUUCAUUAAAGGAAGUUGAAAAUUUUGAUUUGGAGGAAUUUAAAAAACGAUCAAAUGCGAUUAGAAAUGAACUUAAUUUUGCACCAGGCAUGUUCGAUAUUAAUGCAACAUAUGAGAAAAGCAAAAUAACUUUGUUUUUCCUCGCAUGCAAAGUUGGAUAUUUUGAUGUUGUCAAAGUCCUAGUUCGAUUUGGAUGUAAUCCAAAUUUGGGAGAUAUUGAUGGAAAUACUUCGUUGCAUGUUGCAAUGAAAGGAGAUUUCAUUCCUAUUAUAAAGUAUUUGAUUGAAGAACUGAAAUGCGAUGUCAAAGCACUGAAUAAAAAAGAUGAGACUCCUGUGAUGUUUGCCUGCUUCGGAAAUAAGGAAAGAGGCAUUAAGUAUUUGAUUGAAUCAGGAAUUGAUUUUGGAAAAGAUUUAAAGGAUAAACAAGGAAGAAAAGCAGAAGAUAUUUGCCGGUUUAGGGGUAAACUCACUUCUUUGGAAGCCCUCAAUUGGCAACCUACUCAAAUUAGCUCAAACCAAGAAGAACUUUCAGAUCAAAAAAAUCCGAAACUUCCAGAACCAUCAGAUCAAGAAAAAGAGAAAAUAUUCAAUAAAAUUAAAUACAAAAUUACAUCUGAAGAAAUUAAUAAGCUGUACUCUGGAACAAAUCUUAAUUUCAUUUCGCCAUAUUGCCCAGCAACUGUAUUGGUCUUGAAAGAUUUCAAGAAGUUUGAAGGAGUCUCAUCUAUCAUCGAUCCGAAUAUCAAAGAUAUUGAAGGAUUAACACCUCUUUUGACUGCGGUUAAAAAGAACAAAUGGGAGGUUUUUUGUAGUCUCUUUUAUUAUGAUCAUGUUGAUAAGUAUGUAAAAGAUUUGAAUGGAAAUCCUUUCAAUAUCUUGAUGACAAUUAUAAGGUAUCAUAAAUACAAUUUCAGGUUUAAGACAUUUUUGCAAUACGAAACUCCUUUGAACAUGCUUACAAGAAUUCUUCCUCAAUUAAACUAUGAACAAUUUAUGCAAACAGGAUCAAAAGGUGAAACGGUCUUUCAUCAUUUGUGUGCAAGCAAGAACAAAAUUGACGUUUUGAAUGAGAUUUUGAAGUGCAAGAAAAGCCUUAAAUUGACUCCUGAUGAUUUCAAUCUUCAGGAUAAAUUUGGAUUGACUCCACUUCAUUAUGCUGUCAUGAAUGGCAAUAAUGAAACUGUUCAGUACUUACUCAACAUUUUCGAUGGAAAUCCACAAAAGUAUCUUUGCGAUUACUACUUCAAGAUGACACCAGUUGAAUUUGCUGUGAUUUUCAAAAACAUUCCUGCUCUUAAAAUGUUGUUGUUCAAGAAAGAUUUUGCUAAAGAUCAACUUCUUGACAGAAUUUCGAAAUUGGAGGACCUUGAAGAUGAAAGCGCAAUUAUUGCUGAUGUUGCCAAAGAGACAACCAUGGAAGAAAAGAAAUUCGAUGAUGUCCUGAAUCUGAUGAUGAAAAAGUUGAUGAAGAAUGUUACAACAGAAAAGAUUGAACCAAUUAAGGAUAGUAUAGAAAUUGAAGGUUGUAAUAUGACAAAACAGAAGAGAGUAAGUUUGGAACAGAAAUUGAAUGUCAUCAACAAAAGUCCAAUCUUAAAAGAGAAAUUGGAUGGAAUUUCUAAAGACAAUUUCCAUGUCUUCCUCCAAAGCAAAAGACUUCAUUUAAUUUUCCAUCACAAUUAUGAACAGUACGACUCGGUCUCUCUAUUUGAGGGAUAUAGAAAGAUUGAGUGCUUAAAAAUGCUUCUUGAAGAUUAA